AAUACUUAUCCUCUUCUCCUCCUUAGCUACUCCUAAUUUCCUUAAAUAAUUAUCAUCAUCAACAACAACAACAAUAAAACUAAAUUAUAGUAUAGUUAACCUAGGAAUUGAAUUGAAUUGAAGACAUGAAUCUAAGUGUUAAUGGUGAGUCGCAGGUGCCUCCUGGAUUCCGGUUCCAUCCCACCGAGGAAGAGCUUCUUCACUAUUACUUGAGGAAGAAGGUUGCCUCCCAGAAGAUUGAUCUUGAUGUUAUUCCUGAAGUUGAUCUUAACAAGCUUGAACCUUGGGAUAUUCAAGAGAAGUGUAAGAUAGGAUCAACCCCACAGAAUGAGUGGUACUUCUUCAGCCACAAAGACAAGAAGUAUCCGACCGGAACUCGGACAAAUCGAGCGACGGCUGCCGGAUUCUGGAAAGCUACCGGGCGAGACAAAGUGAUACAGUCCAAUUGUAGAAGAAUUGGUUUGAGGAAAACCUUAGUGUUCUACAAAGGUCGAGCUCCUCGUGGCCAGAAAUCCGACUGGAUCAUGCAUGAAUAUAGGUUGGACGACAUAAUUACCUCCCAUGAUGCCACUGGUACAAAUUUGGUAGGGGAGAUGAGUGGUCCAGAUGAAGGUUGGGUGAUCUGCAAAGUUUUCAAGAAGAAACUCUACCACAAGGCGGCCAUGGAGUAUCAUCAUAAUCCUCAGACCCACCAACGAAACGACGGCGUUCUCGACCAAAUUCUCACCUACAUGGGAAAAUCCUCAUCGUCCAAACACCCCCACGCCGGAGAAACAAAGAACAUCCUCCUCGCCGCCGGCGAGAACUCGCCGCCGUCGCAAUUCCUCCACAUGCCGCCGCUCGAAACCGCCGUGGACAUCUCCCACAUCAUCCCCUUCGACGACAUGUUGGCCGACACCGAACCCUUCUACCCUUGCUACGACGGCGGCGCCGGCGCCGGCGUGGACUUUUCCGUUGACUGCUAUGGAGCGCAUCCGACGGUGGAUGAUUUACGACCGUACGAUCAUAAUCAGAUCUCUCAAGCCCAUUCUACACUUAUUAUGGACCCCUUAUCUCACUUGUCUGUAUAGAUUUACCUGUUAUCUUGUAGUAUCAUACAUAUAGUAAUUAUAUAUACCUAUGGCUAGAAGUCAGAAUAAUAUAUGAUUGAUAGAAUCAUAUACACAUAUAUAUAUACUUUUUGUUUUAUAUACAUACAUAGAUACAUAUAUGAUUGUAUAUCACUAUAUGUAUAUAUGUAUGUAACCAUGCAUGCAUGCAUAAUAUGCUUUAAUUAGGAAUAUUGUAAUGCUAUUUGUGUCGAAUUUUGUAUCAUCUCGAUCAUAUAAAGUUUGAUUUGUUUGGCUUGCUAA